AUGAUAAUCAGCUCUUCUGAAAUAAAUAGUACUGCUACUUCAUAUGGGACUACAACAAUAGUGACAAGUUCUUCUGCAUUAAAUGAUCCUGCUACUUCAUAUCAAUAUCUAAGAGUAAUGACCAGUUCUUCUGUAUUAAACAAUAAUGCUACUUUAUAUUGGGAUCUAUCAAUAACGGAAAUUUCUUCUGAAUUAAAUUAUAUUCCUUAUUUAUAUUGGAACCUAAUGCUAAGGACAAAUUCUUCUGAAAUAAAUAAUACUACUACUACUUCAUAUUGGAAUUCAACACUAACGACAAGUUCUACUGUAAUGAAUAAUACUACUGCUUCUAUUAUCGUUACACCAACUACUACUGCUCCUUCUUAUAAUCCUGACACUUGUAAUAGUGACUUACAAGUAGCAUUACCCAAUGGUUCUUGUGUAUUCAAAGAAUUGGGCUUAGACUUCGCACUCAAUAUACUGAAUACAUCUGCUAAUGCAACUGACAAAGCCAACGCUCUGAUUUUAUAUUUUAGCUCAAUUGAAAACACAAAUACAACAAAUAUAUUAGGAGUGGAUCAAAUCGAUAGAUAUCUUAGUAGUCUUGAUAUUAAUUUAGAUAUUACAUCAAACUCAUCAUUCAUCAUGGCAAAAUCACCACAUCAACCAGCUGAUAGAAUCAUUUUAGGUGCUUCAUUUACACGUGGUACGGGUGGAAAAAUAAUCGAUACACAAAAUUUCAAUCGACGUAUAAGCUCAGAAUUAUCAGCUGCAGCUACUGUUAGUAAUGAAUCUUUAUCUGAUGUUCAAUCAUUGAAUAUGAUUAUUAUUGAUAAUCCUUCAGCAUAUAUAAAUAUUGAUAAUUCAACGGAUAAGAAACUCGUUUCAUCAAUUAUUAUCGCCAAUGUACAAAGAAAUAAUAUAUCAACUAGUGCUAUGAAUAUUUCAUUAUAUUUUCGGAAUGUAUUGAAACCUGAACUUGAUGUGAAUGACAAUUACAUUUGUUCGUUUUAUGAUGUAAAUACAUUUAAAUGGAAUGAUUCUGGUUGUUCACAAGCUCAGUAUAAUAAAAAUUUAAAUCGAUAUGAAUGUAGUUGUAACCAUUUUACUUCAUUUGCUCUUAUUUGGUUACCAAAACAAUCACUCACAUCAUAUCUCAAUUCUCAAGAUAUUGCAUCACUUGUAUUUCAAUCAAUCUCAAUCAUCUGUUUCUUACUAAUUAUUAUUCAUGCCAUGUUUAGAACAAUUCGAAUUCCAUUAAAUACUUUUCAAAUGUAUACUCUACUUCCAUUGAUAUCUAGUGCUACUACAACUAUUCUUUUCAUCUUUUAUAUUGCACUUUCGAUGACAGUUUAUACACAAACAUCAUCUUCUCAUCAAACAAAUUGUUUUACAAGUUCAACUGUACUUAUGUUCUUCACCUAUUUCUUUUUGAUCUUUAUGUUUUGUGUGAAAACAAGUGUUGGAUAUUUUAAUUAUCUUCGAUUUGUUCAUUUAUUUCCUCAACCAUCACAUCGAAAACUAUUUAUAAUGCUUUUCAUUUCAUUCCUUAUUUCUCUAAUAUGGAUGGCAUUUGCAGUUGGAUUUUAUUCUGAUUCAUCAUUAGAUAUUAUAAAACUAUAUCCAUAUAAACUAUGCUGGUUUACAAGUGAUAUGAUAUAUUAUUUUUUGAGUAUACCUGCAUGUUUAUUUCUCUUCAUUAAUAUAAUACUAUUUAUUAUUGUUGGUAGUCACAUAAUAAAUCAUGUUCGAAAUGCAACAUCCGUUCAUCAGUCAUACGAAAGAAUGAAACGAUGUGUGGUAGUUUUACUUUCAUCAUGUAUAACUCAAGGAAUUGGUUGGUUGUUUGGUGUAUUUAUUUCAUUUGUAAAUAGUGAAAGUGGAUAUAUAUUGGGAUGGUUUUUCGUAGUAUUUAAUGGACUGGAAGGUCUCUGGUCGAUUAUUUUAUACAUGAUAAUACGAUCACAACAGAUGGAUGAACAGAAACGUAUUACUGCUUAUAAAAAGCUUACAGAAUCAACACCAAUUUCAACUGUGAAAAGUAAAGAAAAUUAUCUUAAUGACAGCGUAUCAAAACGAUCAAAAAAGACUAAUACAAACUCACGAAAAAAAUCGCAUAUUUUCAAUAGAUCAUAUAAUAUUAAAGGAAUUGAUGGAAUUAGUAGUGAAUGCUAA